UGGGAAGUCAAGUCUUCUCUUGCGAGUCUCGUCGAAGGCAAGCAGUGUGGAGCCCGAAUUUGUGUGAUUUGUCGUAGUCGCGGGCCACCGUUCACGAUGUCUACCAGCGCGCCGGCACCGAAGAAGGCAAAGAAAGCCGAGGGGUCCGCGGCGUCGGGCGACGGCGAUGAGAGCAGGGAUUACGAUGCGGAGACUCAGAAGGCGCUGGAAGAAAUCGACGCCUGUCAGAAUGAGAUAGACGCGCUCAACGAGAAGGCCAGCGAGGAGAUCCUGAAGGUGGAACAGAAGUACAACAAGUUGAGGAAACCGUUCUUCGAGAAGAGGAAUGACUUAAUCAAGAAGAUACCAAAUUUCUGGGUGACAGCCUUUGUGAACCAUCCACAGAUCUCUGCCAUCCUUGAUGAAGAGGAGGAAGAGAGCUUGCACUUCCUCUCCAAGCUGGAGGUGGAAGAGUUCGAGGACAUCAAGUCUGGCUACAGGAUCAAGUUCUACUUCGAUGAGAAUCCAUACUUCGAGAACGAUGUUCUCAUCAAGGAGUUCCACCUUGGCUCCUCUGGAGACCCAGCCUCCCAGUCCACGCCCAUCAAAUGGAAGGAGGACAUGGACUUGACCAAGCGGCACAAGCAGCGGCAGUCGCAGAUGAAGAGCAGUCGCAAGAGGGCGCACGAGCAGCCGCGCACCUUCUUCAACUGGUUCACCGAUCACGGGGAUGCCUCUGCCGAUGACAUUGCCGAGGUGAUCAAGGACGAUAUGUGGCCGAACCCCCUUCAGUACUUCCUUGUUCCAGACAUUGAAGUCGAGAAUGGUCUCGAAGGCGAUGAGGACGAGAGUGAUGAAGAGGAGGGUGGUGAUGCAGUAGUGGUCGUAGAAGAGGAAGGUGAAGGCGACGAGGAUGACGAAGACGACGAUGGGGAAGAUGACGGUGGGGACCUGGAAGGGGAAGGUGGUGACGGGGACGACUGAGCCUGGGAAGAGUGCGCAUCAGGGGGGUCGGAGGGGGCAAGAAGGGGAGGACAGCUGUGCUGCCAUCUGGUUUGUGGAGGGGGAGGACAGCCCCUCUCCUUCAUUCAUUGAGUCAUUCAUCUCUUCACCCUGUGGGGAAGGGGGGCCUGACACACACAUACAACACGAUUGCAGAGAGACAAGGUGGGCAUAAGCGCUGUGUUGAAAACACGUACACAAACACACAUGAUACACCAGUGACACCUGCAUGCAUUACCUUCUCUUCCGCGACCACCAAAACCACCGCCACCAGUCCUCUCUCUUCUCUACGACUGCAAGUCCCGGAAAGAGCAUUUGUUGUUUUCUGUUUUUCUUUAUCCUCCCCCCUUUUUUUACCACCACAUGUGCAUAGAAUUCCAUAACUUCGUUUGAGCUCUAUUUUUUUUAUUAUUUCCUUGUUAUAACUUUCUUUCUCUGACAAUGAGUUGCUCUUUCUGGUCUGCCAUUAUACAAGGAAGGAAAGGCAGAAUUGUGCCACUUAGUUUUGGUUUGGUAGCAUCAGCCUUCCUGCCUGGUGGACAAAGGCAAGUGAAUGCGUAGCUUGCUACUUAUUUUUGUAAGCAGUCGUCGGCAGCAGAUGCAGAAAGGAUCGCUCUGUUGCGACAGGCAGCGCCAUUGGCUUGAUCUUGCUCUUUAUUUUGGGAAGGGGGUCACGAUUGCUACAACGACUUUUAACAGGGAAGCGUGUGGCUGUGUGCAGUACCUGCAAGGAGGGCUUUUUCAUUCCAUGAGUUGGGACUUACAGAGUAGGCUUGCCUGCUACCAAACCAAGACGAACGCGGGGCGCCGUGUACAAGGUUUGUUGGGGGUCCCGUUUAUUUACUAGCGCUGCAAAGCUACUCUCUUUAAGUAGUGCUGACUGGGAAGAGGUUUUUGUUCGCUUGCUAUUUCAUUGGCCUGUCACUAUUUGUCCCAGGGAACUAAAGCACUGGUCCCCACAACUUGUCACGGAACGGCAUCAUUAUUUGUCUCAUUACGAUGUAAAUUUUGACUGAUAUUUCGCCUUGCACAUUUGUAUGGAAGAAACAAGUGGCAUUUCUGUAUUUCUGACGUCUUUUCUUUCCCAUUGUUUUGUUUGGUUCAUAUAAAUACUGAGAAAGAAAUGACCUCCUCCUUUUCACAGUGUGAAUUUUUAUAUUGGUGUAAUGGUCAUUAGUAUAAAAAUAAAAGCUUUCCAUCCCA